AAAUCAGAUAUUUUAUCGCGGAUUCUUUUGUCCGGUGAUGGGCUCAGGCAUGCUGCGCGGUUAAAACGCAAAGAAGUCGAUUUCUGCUACGGGGAAAAGUGGUGAAGUAACAGUUUCUCCCUCGGGUUGUUUUUUUGGGGGGGUUACUGCGGUUUUUGCAGUAACCCCAGAAACAGCGCAACAAGUACUUUACUUUUCAUGCGCUCAUUUCGGGGUCGGACGUUGAAGUUGUGAGACUUUCAGCUGGAUUUCUCUCUGAAUCCUCAGCUGCCGAUCAGCCAUUGUGACCGUCAGAAAGGGGCAAGGACUUCUGCUGCAUCAGCUCUGUAUGAGGACACAAACACUUGGAUGCUCCGUGAGGGAAGCUGUCCCAGAUCCACUGAGAAUGGAGUAGAAACACUUUGAUUUUCUUUGGGUUUUAAAUUUGCCUCAAGUUUCUCAGCUUAACAAUAAUGGCCCGAUAGGGAAGAGAAUAAACCCUGCAGCUUUUUUCCUGUGCGCAUCUGCUUGUCGGAGGAAGCUGCUUGGUUUGAUAUUUACCACUCAAGUCUUUGCGCCCGAGGGAAGGAUGACAUCCCAACAAACCUGGGCUCAGAUCAUCAUCACGUCCGCGUCUUUACUCUCCCUGGUCUUGUGCAGCGCGGUGCCGGAUGACCCAGAGGAAGAACACUUCAGCGCCGAGGCAUGGCUCCGUAAAUUCGGCUACCUGUCUCAAGCCAGCAGGCAGAUGUCCACCAUGCAGUCGGCUCAGAUUAUGUCCAAAGCUAUCAGCGACAUGCAGCGCUUGUAUGGACUGGAGGUGACCGGGAAGGUGGACUCUGCUACGCUCGCGGCCAUGCGGCGGCCUCGUUGUGGCCUCCCUGACAGAAAGCCAGAGGAUCUGGUUGACAGAUCUCGGAAGAAGCGUUACGUUCUGACUGGGCAGCGAUGGGACAAAGAUCACAUCACCUACAGUAUAAUGGACCAAAACAUGCCUCGGUCCCUGGGAGAGGAACGGACGUACGAUGCGAUCCGCAAAGCCUUCGGCGUUUGGAGACGAGUCACGCCGCUCACCUUUGAGGAGCUACCACCUGGAAACGGCGUCAACGGCAGCCAGACAAAGCUCGCCGAUAUCCUGCUGCUUUUUGCCUCCGGUUUCCAUGGUGAUAUGUCACUGUUUGAUGGCGAGGGUGGGUCUCUGGCCCACGCCUACUAUCCCGGACCGGGAAUCGGUGGGGACACGCACUUUGAUUCAGAUGAGCCUUGGACACUGGACAACGAAAACCCAAAAGGUAUAGAUCUGUUCCUGGUUGCGGUUCAUGAGCUCGGUCAUGCUCUGGGUCUGGAGCAUUCGGAUAACCCCAGAGCCACAAUGGCUCCUUUCUACCAGUGGGUCCACACACAGAACUUCACGCUCCAUGAGGAUGACAUCAGAGGCAUACAGUACAUAUAUGGUCCUCCCCUCAUCACAGAUGCUUCGCCUACUUCUCCGCUUGCCCCUGACGAUGAACCCAGCAUCGACUCCCCCACCUCCCCUUCCCCCCCAGGAGACGAGCCCACCACUUAUUCUCCAGCCGAUGCCCCACGCGUCCCGACUGGCGCUGACCCGGAUCCUCCGGCUCAACCCGAACCAAGCCCCGGUCCCACCUCGCCUCCCAUCCUCCCUACCUCCACCACCACCCAAUCCCCGCCUGUGCCAGAACCCGUCACUCCACGGAAAGACAUCCCUCCUCCUCCAAGGACUCCUGCGCCUCCUCGGCCUCCCAAGCUGCCAGACAACCAGCCCCCUGACAUCUGCGAUGGAGACUUUGAUACAGUGACCAUGCUGAGGGGGGAGAUGUUUGUCUUCAAGGGUCGUUGGUUCUGGCGGGUUCGGAGGAACCGCGUCCUCGAUAAUUACCCCAUGCCGAUAUCUGUAUUCUGGAACGGUCUCCCCACCGACAUUGACGCAGCGUACGAACGUCACGACGGCAAAUUUGUCUUUUUUAAAGGUGACAGAUUCUGGGUGUUCAGGGAGGCUGACGUGAUGCCAGGGUACCCACAGCCCUUAUACCACUAUGGAAAAGGCGUUCCUCCACACGGGAUCGACACAGCUAUCUGGUGGGAGCCCAACGGAUACACAUACUUCUUCUCUGGAGACAGGUACUGGCGAUACAACGAGGAGACCCGGACCACAGACCGCGACUUCCCCAAACCAAUUAGCAGAUGGGGCAGGAUCCCUCCCUCCCCUAAAGGAGCCUUCCUCAGCGAUGAUGGGGCUUACACCUAUUUCUACAAAAGCACCAAUUACUGGAGAUUUGACAAUCACAGAUCCGAAGCAGACAAAGGCUAUCCCCGCUCCAUCCUGAAGGACUUCAUGGGUUGCGUGGGGGUCCCCGACCCAAAGCCCGACGCAGAUGCCGAGCCGGGGCAGGAAGACAAACCGGUCAAGCCUUCAGACCGAGGCAAAGAUGAGCACAAAGAGCCAGACAGAGGCCGGGACAGAGACACAAACUCGGAGCAAGAGGAGACCGCUAAGCCUGACAGCACAGAGGAAGAGGAGGACAAAGACGUGAACAUGGUCGUGACCGUGGCUGACAAUGAAUCAAAGGUCAUGACCCUGAUUAUGGUGGUCGUUCCCCUGGUGCUCAUCCUGUGCAUCCUCGUCCUAAUCUAUGCCAUCCUCAGGACUCUUCAGAACAAAGAGACACCGAGGGCCUUGGUGCACUGCAAGCGCUCGCUGCAGGACUGGGUGUGACGCUCAAAUGGAAGAGAUAGAUCAGGUAUCCGUCGUUCACCUGGUGCCAUCGCUGCCGUCCAGUUUUUACUUUUGGCGUUAGAGGAAAAGAAGCUUUGAAAAAGCUGACGAUGGGCCUGUUAGUUAUUGGGAGAACCUUUAUUGCUCGUGUGACAUGAUAAAAAAAUAGUGAAUUCAGCGCCCGUGGAGCUUUAGCUCGGCCACAAGUUUUUUCUACUCUGCCUCUCUGUGCCUUCCAAAAGUCUGAAAAGG